CAUAUCCUAUGAUUCGACCCCGAUGCGCGACGUCGACGAACGCAGCGCCGCGGGCACCGACUGUGGCAACGACGAACGGCCGCGCCGCGGUGAAGCGAGUCCGCAAGAGCUGGAAGACGCACCCGAUGAUGGAAUCGGGCGGCUUGGGAACACGGACUGGUGUCUAUGUGGUUCCUGCGCGCCGAUGGAGACCGUCGUCGAGUGCGUCUGCUGCCGCGAAUACCCGGCCGUCGCACGGAAGCAGCAGGGCCGGCAGGGCUGCGUAACGGGCCACCCGGACUUCGAGGCCCUGUGCCUCAACCCUGAGGUGUUGAGGUUGGCCUACCUCAACAUGCGGCACUACGGGCAGCAAGGGAUGGGCGCAAGUGCCAGCGAGCACUACAGAUUUGCAGCCUACAGGCAGUGUGCCCUGUGGCUGUGGAGCCGCUUGGGAAAGAAGAAUAGGCGGCCCCUGCCAUCCUGUCUGGUCAAGACAAUUAGGGGCAGGUAUCCUGCUGACGUGUAUGCGGGCUACAGGGAUGCAGAAUAAAUUGCGUUGACCUAGAGACCACGCAACCCCCUUCCCUUGUCUCUUCACCCUCCCUGCAUGUGUGUGAAGUCGCUCGUAGCCAUGAACGGAAUCCUCUAAAUCACGUGACCUAUUAUCUACGAUAUCACGUGACCAUAACUAUGAUCACAUGAUCGUAGUCAAACC